AUGAAGCUCUCCGCAACUUUCGUCCUCCUCGCCGUCGCUGGCUUUUCCGCUGCCCAGGACAUUGAUGUCCAGGGAGGAUUCGGAUUCUUCCCCAUCCCCAUCUCCAAGAGGCCUCUCGUUGUGUCAUCUCUCCUCCAAAGCUCGAUCAAGUCCUCCAAUCUGCUUACACACGCGAGGAAGUUCACCGAGUUCUCCAAACUCAGCAACGGAACGCGCGCAUUUGGCUCUGCUGGUCACAACGCGACUGUGAAGUACAUCAAGGCUGAGCUUGACAAGACUGGUUAUUACGAUACCGAGCUCCAGACUUUCCCAUACCUCUAUUCCCAGGGAACUGCUGCCUUCUCUGCUAAUGGAACCGACUAUGCCACCGCUUGGUUCACUUAUGGCCCGGGAGGAGAGGUCACUGCCCCUCUUGUUGUCGUCAACAACCUUGGUUGCACUCUUGAAGACUACCCCGCUUCUGUCGUUGGCAAGAUCGCCCUUGUCAAGCGCGGUGAAUGUACUUUCGGACUGAAGACCGCCCUCUCUGGUGCUUCUGGUGCUGCCGGUGUUAUCAUCUAUAACAACGCCGACGGUGCUGUUGGUGGAGGAACCCUUGGAGACAUCGUAAACCCUGCUGGUCCCUAUGUCCCCGGGGCCUCCCUCACCGGUAUUGAUGGAUCCGCUCUUGUUGCCACCAUCAACGCUGGCUCCGAGGUCAUUGGAACGAUCAAGGUCGAAGCCGUCACUGAGGACCGCUACUCCAGCAAUGUCAUUGCCACCACCAAGAUCGGCGACAGGAAGAACAUCGUGUUUGCCGGAGGCCACUCUGACUCUGUCCCUGCUGGACCUGGUAUCAAUGAUGAUGGAUCUGGAACCAUGGGUAUCCUCGAAGUGGCUCUUAAAUUGGCCAGCUACAAAGUCAACAAUGCUGUCCGAUUUGGUUUCUGGACCGCUGAAGAAUUCGGUCUUGUCGGCUCUGAGUACUACGUGCAGAACCUCCCCGAGGCUGAACGCCAAAAGAUCGCCCUCUACCUCAACUUCGACAUGAUUGCCUCCCCCAACAUUGCAUACCUCAUCUACGAUGGCGACGGCAGCGCAUUCAACCUCACUGGCCCUGCUGGCUCCGACAAGAUUGAGAAGCUCUUCGAGGACUUCUACAAGGUUAACAAGGUCCGCAGCGCCCCCACCGAAUUCAGCGGCCGCUCCGAUUACGGUCCUUUCUUGGAUGUCGGUAUCCCUGCUGGAGGAAUCUUCAGCGGUGCUGAGGGAUUGAAGACUGCUGAGCAGGCCAAAUGGUGGGGAGGUGAAGCCGGUGUCUCCUACGAUCCUUGCUACCACAAAGCGUGCGACAACAUUGCCAACCUGAACGUUCCUGCCUGGGUCCUCAACACCAAGGCUGCUGCCCACUCCAUUGCCACUUAUGCCCGUUCAUUGAGCGGAAUCCCUCGCACCCGCAAGUCAACCGCCUCUGCUGAGCUCAGGGUCGCUGGCCUCUCUUACGACGACCGCCGCCACUUCUCUUGCGGACACGAAAUUGCAGCUCUCUAA